CUAUUAUAUACACGCACGCUACUACUCUCCCACGCCGGUGAUGCAGGUUGCACCAGGGCCUCUCGCAUCUGCGCUCUGUGCCCAGAUUCCAACAACUCCAGAUCUUGUAUCACCACAGCAGCACCCCGUGGUCAACCCUCUGGCCCUCACCCUCCUGCCCUCAACCUCCUGAUCCCACCUCUGCCCAGUUGCACCUGUCCCUCAGCUGCCCUGCAGCCUUCACACCUCGGCGACCUGCCCCAGCUCCCAGCCCUUGACCUGCCAACUGGAUCACUCACCAGUCAGCAUCAUGGUCCCCAGCAGGAACCUUGUAG